AUGGUCGCCUUCGACAAGUGUGAGACCCGGCCAGCCCACAUUGAUGCCAUUCUCAAUGGCCUCGACCGGUACAAUCCCGAGACCACCACGGUGUUCCAGGACUACGUGGUCCAGCAGUGCGAGGACCGCACCUUUGACUGUUAUGCCAACCUGGCACUGCUGAAGCUCUACCAGUUCAACCCGCACCUCCUCCAAGCCGAGACGGUGACCAACGUCCUGGCCAAGGCUCUAACCGUGUUCCCCUCCCCGGCCUUCUCGCUGUGCCUCGCCUUGCUCCCCGCCCACACGCAGCCCUUCCCCACCACAAGCGAGGCCCAGGCUGCAUCGCAGACCUCGGACUUCGUCGAGUCCGUGCAGAAGCUCGCCCGACUGUCGACCUUGCUCGAGUCCGCCCAGUACGCGCAGUUCUGGUCGACGCUCAACUCUGACGACCUGUACGCCGACCUGACGGCCGACGUCGCGGGCUUCGAGGAGCUCGUCCGCAUCCGCAUCGCCGUGGAGGUCGGCAAGGCCUACCGCUCUAUCUCGGCCGACUCCCUCGAGCAGUGGCUUGAUCUGCGCGGCCGUGAGGCACUUGACAAGUUUGUCUCGGAUGUCUGUGGCUGGAAGGUUGAUGGUGCUGUUGUCCGUGUCCCCACCAACAAGGAGAAUGAGGCUCGCAGCGAGGUGAAGAGUGAGCAUGUGGGCGUUGAGAUGUUCGGUCGCGUUAUUCGUCGCGGCUUCGAGCAACCUGCAUGA